AGAUCUAGAUAUAUCUGGAAUUCGCAAAAUUAAAGACACAAUAAAAUCGUAACUUAAUAUGCGAAAUAAAGUUUGUGAUUCGGCCAGCAUUGAGUAUUGUCACUAUUGACUUGUUAGGUUUAGUGAUAGUCACAUGUCAUAGUGUGACUAAUGAACUAGAUUCUAGAUUAAUUUAGACUUAGGGACCUAGAUCAGUCCUAGAGCCUAGAGUGGCCUAGAGUAGUAGAGACUAGGUCUAGGAGUCUUGAUUUACCGGUACCGGUUACAUUUGGACAGCCAUGGCAGCCAGAGAAAACCACAGAAAGCGUAAGCUUGAUAGAGACAUCAGCCAACUGGAUGAAGAAGCUAGUUGUUUGUCUACUGAAUCAAAACUGUUGCAGCUUGUUACACAGGGCAAAGCUAGUGAUCUUGUAGCUGUAUUGAAUUUCAUUCCAAAAAACCACAAGGGUGUUGUUGCUGCACUUCUUAAGUCAGCAGAACUUGGCCACAAAAGAAUUAUGCAAAUUCUUAUUGAGACUGGUGUUAGUAUCAAUAAAAAGAAUUCAUCAGGUAAUACUGCACUGCUUAUAGCAUCCCAGCGUGGCUUUGUUGAUUUGGUCAAAUUACUGGUUAGAAAUGGUGCCAAUGUUAAUUGCCAAAAUAAUGAUGGUGAGACUGCACUUAUACUAGGCGUAAAACAAGCUUGUUCUCUGCCUUUGAUUGAAUUUCUGAUAUCUGAUGAAAGUGGUGCCAAUGUAAAUGUGCAGAACUGUCUUGGGAAAACAGCUCUUAUGAUUGCCAUUGAACAACAAGACUUUUGUGCUAUGAAACUUUUAAUGUUUCAUAAAGAUACCAUAUUAGGAUUAAAAGAUGAAAAUGGCAUGACAGCAUUAGAUAUAGCAAAAAAAGUAGACUUGAAGGAACUUUUUGGUACAUUUAAAGUAUGUAGAUCUAGAUCAGCUAAACCAUUGAUUAUAGCAAUUAAAAAAAAGAAUGUAUCAUUAGUUCAAUCUGUCCUUUACACUUUGAGUCAAAAAGAAGUCAAUACAUGCAAUUCUAAGGGCUUAUCACCCUUAUUGGUUUCUUUAAAUGUCAAGUUUUUCAAUAUAGAAAUUCUCUAUAUGUUACUCAAAGCUGGCGCAGAUGUUACUAUGGGCUCAGCCAAUGACCAUGUAACGCCUCUUUAUUUAGCUUGCAAAGCAGGAAGUUUGGAGGCUGUAAAGAUUCUUGUAAAAGAAGGGGCUAAUGUUAACUCUCAAACAACUUUUGACAAACUUACGCCUUUAAUGUAUGCAUGCCAGAACAAUAAAAUUGAAAUUGCAAAAUUUUUAAUAAAAAAGAAAGCUAACAUUAAUCUUAAAAACAGAAACUGUGAAAGUGCAUUAAUGUUAGCUUUAAAGAAUUGUAAGAGUCAAACUUUAGUGAAGCUUCUCAUUCAAAAUGGAGCAGAAAUUAAUGAUACUGUGUUUCAACUAGCUAUCAGUGUUGGAUGGUAUGAAAUGCUACAUGACAUUAACUUGGUCAUCACUAGAGAUCUGCUAAAUGAAACGUUUUUAUUAGCAUGUCAGGAUGGUGACUUAAAACUUGCUAAAUUCCUUUUGGAGAAUGGAGCAGAAGUGAACAUCAGAAGUGGAGAAAGUAUUCCUCUAGUCAAGGCAUUACACAAUAUUAAGUUGGUAAACCUUCUCAUCAGUUUUGGAGCUGAUGUGAAUUUGAAAGAUAAGCUUGGUUCUUGUCCAUUAGUUGAGGCUGUAUAUUUGAAUGAUUGUCAGGUCUUGGAGACUUUGAUCAAACAAGGAGCAGAUCUAAAUGCAGUGAACUCCAUUGGAUACACAGCACUUAUGAUUGCUGCCAAAGAUGAAAAACUGCAGGCCUUGAAUUUAUUACUAGACAGUGGUGCAGAUGUGAAUUACUUGUCAAAUGAGAGUGGCCACUUAUCUGCUCUAAAUGCCGCACUCAAUAAUGACAAAACAGAAUCUGUUAAAUUACUGUUGACUAGAGGAGCCUUAGUUCACCAGACAUUCAAUUCUCCAUUGCUACAGUCAGUUAUUGGAAAUUCAAAGAAUAUGGAGAUGUGUUUAAAAUAUGGCGCGGAUCCAAACAUAAGAUCUUCUGAUGGCUCCACUGUCCUGAUGUUGGCUUUAAAAACACGCUGUGAUUUUGACAAAAUCAAACUUCUUGUAGACUUUGGUGCAGACAUUCAAAUGAAAAAUGAUAAAGAAGAAAAUGCUCUGAUUUUAGCUGCUAAAUACUGCACAACUAAAGUCAUAGAAUUGCUCCUCAAAAGUGGUGCUGAUAUUACUUCAGAAGAUAUACAUGGUUCAUCAGUGCUUUUGUGUGCUGUAGCCCAUUCAGUAUCCAAUGAGAAUAAAAUAGCUUUAUUGAUUAAUAGUGGAGCAGAUGUAAAUCAAAAGAAUCACCAAGGUGAUACUCCCCUCAUUCUUGCUGCUAAAUGCUGCCAUUUAAAUAUUGUGCAACUACUGGUAGCUAAAGGUGCUAGUGUCAAUGGCCAAGAUGAAAAAGGUUACACUGCAUUGAUGCAUGCUGCUGCUAUGGGCAACUAUGAAAAAGUCAAAUUCUUUAUUGAGUGUAAUGUCAAUCUGGAAAUUCAAAACGUUAAUGGCUUUACUGCAGUCAUGUUAGCAGCAUAUGACCAAGCUCAUUCUGAAAUUCUGAAAACAGUUCCGGUAGCUGCAGCCUGUUCCAUCCUUCAGUUACUAGUAGAUAAAGGGGCUAAUGUGGAUGCACAAGACAAUAAUGGUUUCACUGCUUUAAUGUAUGCUGUUUUAGGGGGAAGUUUUCAGAAGGUAAACACGCUCAUUCAGUGUAAGGCUAGUCUUGAUAUUCAAAAUUUUGCUGGCAGGGCAGCAGUCAUCAUUGCAGCCAAUCAGGAUAAUGCUGCGAUCCUGAAAGCUUUGCUAGAGGCAGGUGCCAAUGCUAACAUUGCUGAUUUUAAUGGGCAGAGCGCACUCACUGUCUUACUGCCACAUCUAUAUGAAUGGAAUAGAAAUCAUUCUCCUUUUGACAGGUUAUCGUGCUUCAAGCUAGUCUUGGCUGCGGGGGCUAAACCUGACAUGCAAAAUAUAAAAAAUACUAUAUUGUUUCACAAGCUAAUUGUUUUAUGUGAUGAUCCUGAUAUAAUUGAUUUAUGGAUAAAAAAUGGGGCAGCACCAACUGUUAUUUCAUUUGCAGUUUUGAGAGGUUUGUGCAGUAUUCCUUUUCGCUAUAUGUUUACUCAUGAUGGUGAGAUCGUCUCCCCUUUGUUAACAGCCAUGUUUUCGAUGAAACAUAAUCUAGUAUACCUUUUUCUUAAGUCUUGGUACUUACAUUUAAGUGACAUCCGAUUGAGUCAGAAGAAAAGUCUACUUUAUGAUUAUUUUUAUAUUUACAAAUUUUGCACAUGUUUAACAAGUGGAAUCACUACAAAAGUGCCAUUCAGUUUAACCUGUUUAAGUUUUCUGGCAGUGUCAUCAGCUGUUGGCAGUGGGCUAGACAGAGAAUCAAGAGUUAAUUCUUUACCUAUCCCUGCUAUUAUGAAGAAUACUCUUCUCUUUCAGCUACACAAACCAUGCCUAAGUGAUAACAAUGUCAAAAGACAUAUACUACCAGUUUAAUGAUCAUGCUACAUAGUGUAAAUUAGUUUUUGUACUAGAGCUUAUUUCUAAUUUUUUUACAGGGCUAUUGUUCUCUGUAUGAUUAGAAAUAAAAAAAACAAUGCCAGUGCUAUUGAUUUAAAACUGUUUUUUUUUUAAACUUGUGUUAUAUAUAUAAAAAAAAUAUAUAUAUAAUAUUAAUGUGUACAAAUUUUAUUGAUCAGGUUUUAACUCUUUAGAUGUAUACUUUAAUUAUAUAUUUGUUAAGUUCCUAAAAGUGUAUUUAAUGUUAUGCAGUUUAUAUUUUUCAAUUUGUUUAAGCUUAUUGAUAUAUAUUUGUUCAGUAGUUGUGUCUUCUCAUGAGCUUAAUUUCACUCAUUUUGCAAAGAGACAUUUUGGAUGGCUGUCUGGUCAUGUAGUUUGUACGCUAGACUGUCGUUUGAACUUAUCGAUGGAACUGGGUUCAAACCCGGCCCACUCCCAUCCCACAUCUUCCUGUUGGAGGUUCGGACAAGGAAGUAAUUUUUUUUAACAAUGAAGGAACAUCCGAAACAUGUAAAACAUUUUACUUAGAUUCUCAACAUAGUUGACCAGAGAAGGUGGUAUAGUUCUCAACUAACAUUGAGACAUAUAUUGCUAGCACUUGGAUGCUGUAGAAAUAUAUUAUUUAAAUGAUACUAUAUUUGUAUACCCUGGUAUACUAUUCUGAUUAAAAUGUAAAUGUAAAAACCAAGUAAAUGCAAGUAAAACAACAAUAUAAUAUUGGAGUUUUUUGAAAGAUUUAGCCAUUAUAUAAAUUUGGAUCUACUCUAGAAUAUAUUUCUUUUCUAAGAGCAAUCGGGUCACACAUGGUACUUGUUUAGAUUUGUGUAAAUCAAUACUUAAGUGUGAUUGGGUCAUGCAUUCUACUUUGUUUUGAUGUAAUUGCCAGAUUUAAAAAAAUCUAUGCCAGCUUUACUUUUAUCUUUAUAGAUAAUUCUGUGAUCUUACAAUUUCAAACUAUGUGAGACCGCCAACUGUUUGUUAGCAUAAGCUACUGUGCUUUUGAUAGCCUAAUGUAAUAAAUUCGUAUUCAUAAUGCCAA